AUGCGAGAUGCUUUUCUUUCCCGGGAAAGCAUUGCCUCUGCCCUAAAAUCAUGUGGCGAUGGAAGAGAUCUGGCACGGGGCCGAGAGGUCCUUGCGUCUGCCGCGAUCGAUCUCUCCCGGGAUACCUUCCUUGCGAAUCUGGCAGUGGAGAUGUUUGGAAAGUGCGGGGAUCUGGAGGCUGCGUGGGGGAUCUUCGCUGGGAUCAGCAAUCGCAAUGUCUUCUCCUGGACGAUCAUGAUCUUUGGGUUUGGCGCAAGCGGCAAGAUCGAGCAGGCCAAGAAUGUCUUUGAUGCGGCACCAGAGUGGAACCUCUUCACCUGGAACACGAUGCUCGCGGCGUAUGCCCAAAAUGGGCAUUUUUUCGAUGCAAAGAAGCUGUUUGCCGCCAUGGUCAGACGCGAUGUGGUCUCCUGGAACACAUUCCUGGAAGUCUUUGCGCAAACUGGCGAUCUUGAUGGGGCGAUUGAGGUGUUUGAUCGUAUGCCGGAGCGCGAUCUAAUCUCCUGGAACACUAUGCUUGCAGCAUAUGCCCAGAAAGGAGAUCAUCACGCUCGUGGCGCUCGCUUGAUCUUCGUCCAAAUGCCAGAGCGCAAUCUCGUGUCGUGGGCGACGAUGCUCCAGGCUUGUCUUGCGGCAGGAGAUCUCGCCGCCGCCAUGGAUCUCUUUGACAAGAUGCCCGAACGCAAUGCCGUGGCAUGGACGAUCAUGAUCCAGGCGCUCGCACAGAGGGGCGAUGUCGCGGAUUCAAUCCAGAUUUACGAGUCCAUGCCCGAGCCCAGCGUCGUCUCCUCCAAUGCAAUCUUGGGGCACCUCGAGGAAGCAAGAUGGAUGCUGGAGAGUAUGCCCGAGUGGGAGCUGUGGACCUGGAACUCGCUCCUUGCGGGAUAUACCCAACAAGGCCAUCUGGGCCUCGCGCAAGCAAUCCUUGCUCUCAUGCCCGAGAGAGACAUCGUCUCCUGGAACUCCAUCCUGGCGGCAUUCUCCCACCGCGGGAAUCUCCAGGAAUCCAAGAAGAUCUUCCAGAGAAUGCCCGAAUGGAACGUUGUGUCGUGGACGUCGGUGAUCUCCGCGUGUAGCCAGUCCGGCGAUGGAGCGCAAGCGAUUGAUCUCUUUCGUGAGAUGAUCCAGCACGGGCUUCUCCCUGACCAAGUUGCGUAUUUGAGUGCCUUGGUUGCUUGCAGCCACGCAGGGCGGCUUCGCGAGGGCUGCGAGAUCUUCGUUUCAAUGAGCGGCGACUGUGGAGUCAAGCCUCAGCCCAGACACUACUGCUCGAUGCUGGAUCUUUUAGGACGGACUGGGAGAUUGAGCCAGGCGAGAGAGCUCCUGGAAACCAUGCCUUACGUCCCGGAUGGCGCUGCUCGCCGGGGAUUUCUCGGCUCGCAAAGGAGUCGGCAUGGUUUGAGCUCGUCAGACUGCGCAGUUUUGGGAAGCAUUCUUGUUGCGGAAAAGGCUGUGCCAACUUGA